AAAGCAGCUAGUAAUGAUCACAUGUGAGGUUAAGUGUGGAGCAAGUUAUCAAUUUAGCAUUGUAGGCCAUGAGCAGAUAGCUAGUGAAAAUCCAUGGGGCAUCUUGAAGUGGAUUCGAAGGUACAGAAUGGGAUGCUUACAACUAACUUUGUAUGUGUGGGCCUGGCCUGUUCCUGGCUUCCUGCUGUGGUUCGGCCCACGCCCACGUGUAGGGAUUCUUUGUUACGGAACUUAAUCGUAGCGUUCAUAGCUUUUGACUUGCCAGGAGGGCCAAGAAGAAUGGAAGCUCUCAGAAACCAUCGUGUCGUUGAUGAUGCCAUCCCGCGAGGCAGUUCGGCCAUGAACGACCAUACAGAAUCAACCUCGAGAGGCGAGGAAACCUCGCUUAGAGUUAGUUCUUCUCAAGAUAGAGCUAGAUAAUUAACCUUGUACGAUGACAUGAGUAGUUCUGUGAUUUCUGUGAUCAAGCCAUGCAGGAAGGGGAAGAUAAAAC